AUGAAUGUCAUGGCGCCCACCAACGCCACUUGCUCCUCGAAUCUUCCCGUCUUCUUGUACAUCCAAGGCGGCGGCUUCAACUCCAACUCCAACCCAAACAUCAAUGGGACAGGCAUCAUUGACGCUGCAGACCGGGACCUUGUGGUGGUAACGAUCAACUACCGCGUCGGUCCGUAUGGAUUUCUCACAAACAAAGAUCAAGUGACCCCGAACAACGGACUCCGCGAUCAGGUCAAAGCACUGGAAUGGGUGCAAACCCACAUCUCCAAGUUCGGAGGCAAUCCCAACCACGUCGUUGUGGGAGGCACCAGCGCAGGCGCUGCAAGCGUCAUCUUCCACCUGACGGCCAACAACGGGUCUGAUAACGGGCUCUUCCAUGGGGCCAUCUCUGAGUCGGCCUCGAUGGCCGGACUGCUCACUGUCAAGGAGUCGCAGUACCAGUACAACAACCUUGCCACUCGACUUGGCUGCACCGGCAAGGACAGUCUCGAGUGCUUGAGAAACAAGACAGCCCUUGAGAUCCAGGAGGAAAACUUCAACAUCCCCCUACCAGGAGGUUCGAAGCCACCUGCGUAUCAGUGGCUGCCGGUCCUGGACUACGACUUCAUCAAUGACUAUACCUAUCAGUCCCUCACGGAGGGAAAAUUUAUCAAGGUACCGACAAUUUUUGGCGACGACACCAACGGCGGCACUGUCUUCACUCCCAAGAAUGCCUCCACUCAGGCGGAGAGUAACCAGUUCAUUCUCGACGCGUACCCUACUAUCUCCCCCGAGAUGUUCGGCGAGAUCAACGAUCUCUACCCCAACCCGAACAAGACCUGCCCGAACCAGGGCUGCUUCUGGCGCCAGACCAGCAACACGUACCAAGAGAUCCGCUACAUGUGCCCAGCGCUGUACGCCAACUCCGCCUACGCACCAUUUUCCAAGUCAUGGGCCUACCGCUGGAACGUGGAGGACCCGGCACAGAUCGCCCAGGGGCUGGGCGUGCCUCACACGUCGGAGCUGGAAGCGCUGAUUGGCGCUGAGUACACAGACGAGGAGCCGGAGAGCUACACCAUUGGCCAAAAGAACCGUCCCGCCACGCCUGUGAUACAGCGCUACUGGACGAGUUUCAUGAGGACCCUGGACCCGAACACGUUCCGGCAAGAAGGGGCCGUGGAGUGGACGUCCUGGGGUAAGGACAACCAAGCGAGAGUUGUCAUAAAUACGGGUGGGAAGACUAAUAUGGAGGAUGUUGACAACGGCCUGCGGGAGAGGUGCGAGUAUUGGUACAAGCAUAGCAUGGAGAUGAACUUGUAA